AUGAACGUAUGUGGAGUCCCUACUUUUAAUUUUUGUCGCAAACAAGCACGUCAAAGACGGGAUUACCUAUAUAGAAGAGCCCUCAUACUUCGGGAUUCGGAGAUAUCUGAAAAGAGAGCUAAGCUACGCGCAGCAUUAGCAUCCGGUAGAACGCCAGAUCCUACAAUUGUGAACGACAAGGGACUAAGGGAAGACUUUAAAUUCGAUGAAUCUAAAAUAGACUUAACAAAGAAUGAUGCCCUCGACUUAGAUGAUGAAUAUUCUCAGCUUUCUGGAACUGUGGAUCCCCGAAUAUUGGUGACAACAUCUCGCGAUCCAUCUACCCGCCUAUCUUCUUUUGCCAAAGAAGUAAGACUCCUACUGCCAACGUCUAUUCGACUGAACCGUGGGAAUCUAAUUCUGCCCAACUUAGUUCAAUCUGCCCAGGCAUCGGGGUUGUCUGAUAUGAUCCUUCUACACGAGCACAGGGGUAUUCCUACGGCGUUGACAAUUUCUCACUUCCCACAUGGACCAACGGCUUCAUUUUCUCUUCAUAACGUCGUUCUUCGUCACGAUAUCCCAAAUAGCGCUAGGGGUACCGUAAGCGAAUCAUACCCGCAUCUUAUUUUUGAAGGUUUUACGUCCAAACUUGGUCUUCGGAUCGUCAAAAUACUCAAACACCUCUUCCCUCCCCGAGAGGCCAUUACAAAUAGAUCAAAAAUGGGAAGCAGGGUGGUAACUUUCAAAAAUGUUGAAGAUAGUAUUGAACUCAGGCAUCACGUUUUUGUCAAGACCAGCUAUCAGAGCGUAGAAUUGGCGGAGGUAGGCCCGAGAAUGACAAUGAGAUGUUUUGAAAUUCGGGGUGGUACCUUGGAGAAUAAGGAUGGUGAUGUAGAAUGGCGUUUAAAUCAGUACACUAGGACAAGUCGAAAAAAAGAUUUACUAUAA